AUGUCAAAUCCUUUCGCCUUCAGGUCUGCGCAGGUCACGUUCUGGACCACUGUCGUUUAUCUUGCGCUCCUCGUUCCUUUGGUUGUGAUCAACGAAGGGGUGCCUCCCGUACAACCCGACGGCUCCCUCUUCCUGGACCGUGGGCUGAACCUCACCGAGGCUUGGCUAGAUCUAGGCCAUAUCACAGAGCGUUUCCACCACCAAAACAGUCGCGAAAAUGAUGUGGUGCGAGACUACUUGCGCCUCCGCAUCGAGCAGAUCAUUGCUGCAAACGAUGCUGAAGCCAGGACAACUGUCUUCAACGACCUCACCUCCAACGUGACAUAUCUCGCCUGGGGUAGCGCUGUGCCGACUCACUACCAAGGUAACAACCUCUACGUCUAUAUCCGUGGAAAAGACGACGACCAAGGAGAGUGGUGGCACAAUGCACGGGCUGGCAAGCUGAUUGGGAAGGGUGGUGUCCUGGUCAAUGCCCAUUUCGACUCGGUUUCGACCGCUUAUGGUGCAACAGAUGACGGCAUGGGGACGGUAACGGUGCUGCAGAUGAUCAGGUACUUUACCAAGCCUGGGAACCAACCGCAGCGAGGCAUCGUGGCGCUACUCAACAAUGCCGAGGAGCCUGGGCUGCUUGGGGCUGCGGCGUUUGGUAAAAGCCCUUUGCUGCCCUUUAUUCACACGUUCCUCAACCUCGAAGGCGCAGGGGCCGGAAGCCGAUGUGUACUGUUCCGCUCCACGGAUCGAGAGGUGACUAGCGCUUUUUCGAACGUGCAGUCGCCGUUUGGCUCGGUGGUAGGAUCAGAUGGGUUCAAAAUGGGUCUGGUGCGUAGUGGCACCGACUAUUCAGUCUGGCACGAUAUUUACGGCCAGCGCGGCCUUGAUCUGGCAUUCUACAGGCCCCGGGCUCUGUACCACACCAACCAGGACGAUACCAAGCACACCAGUCGAGAGAGCUUAUGGCAGAUGAUGGCAGCGUCUACCACAACCCUUAUCAACCUCUCAGCAGAUACAGGGUCCGACUACAUUGGAGAUCGCCCUGAUGGUGACAGGAGCAAGGCUCCCAAUGGUUCGCCAAGCGACGGUGUCUGGUUCGACCUGUUUGGGAGCACUUUCGUACUUUUUGGGCUCCGGGGAAUGUUUGCCUGGUCGUUGACUGUGCUGAUUGUUGGGCCUCUGACACUCUUUGGGAUGAUGUACCUUGUUCACAAACAGGGCAAGGGCUAUGCUUUCCACACAAAACUUCGAGCGACGAGUGAUAGCAGCAGCGAGGAUGGCGAUGAUGAAGACGGGGAAGUUAUUCGGCUCGGCGGCUGGAAGGGAUUCUUCCGCUUUCCAUUUGCGCUGAUUGUCGCAGGAGCGCUGGUGACUGGAGCUGCCUUGCUACUAAGGAAGAUGAACCCCUUUAUCAUCUACAGCAGCGAAUAUGCGGUGUGGGCGAUGAUGAUUUCCCUGUUUUACUUUGGGUUCUGGCUCAUCAUGCGCGGAUCGAGCUACACGAGGCCGAGCGCUCUGCAUCGACUAUAUGUGCAUAUCUGGCUCUUCAUCCUUGGCUGGGUGGCACUUGUGUUUGCAACCGUGCUGGAAGACCGCAUGCGAAUUGCGUCGGGGUACAUCUUUGUCUUUUGGGAAUCACAGGUUUUCCUCGCCACCCUGGUUGCAGUAUGUGAGCUUUUUUCUCUGCCAAGGAAGAUCGACUUCGCGCGUGGAGCUGCGGAGGAGGCGGAAGUUCGUGAUCAUCUCGAGGCUGUUCCUCACUCGGAUGCUGUCAUCGCUCCGUCCCUCGAGGAGGCUACCAGCCCCCAGCGUGCUGGCCAAAGCAGUAAUUCUCCGCAAGAAGAUGAUGAGGACGAUGUGCCAGAUGAAGAAACACCUCUUUUCAGGAAGGCUGGGCGUGGCAACAAGCUCGACACAUCUUUCCUUCGCAGAGGCUACCGACGGUCUGUGUCUGCCAUCAUGGAUUCCAACAACGAAGCCGAGGAUGGCCCCAAGAGAAAGCAGCCGUUCGAGGGCGAGCAGGCAUGGUCAGGACCAAUGGUUACCUCAACGUGGAUACUUCAAUUCCUAUUGCUUGGCCCUUUCAUGGUGAUCCUUGGGGGACAGGUCGGACUGUUGCUUACCUCGGCCGUCAACCAGACUGGUGUGGAUGGCUCCAGCUUACUAGCGCCUUACCUCAUGAUCGCCGCGCUCUCUGCGAUACUGCUAAUGCCCCUCUCACCUUUCAUUCACAGAGUGACGAAGCAUGUGCCCCUGUUUCUGCUCGCAGUAGCUUUCGCGACGCUGAUCUACAGCCUCGUUGCCUUUCCCUUCUCACCCCGGGCCCCUUACAAGACGUUCUUCAGACAAACUGUCGACUUGGACACGGGCGACACACAAGUCCAUCUCGCCGGAGUAGAGCAGUAUCUGCGCAAGAUCAUUGCAGAUGUUCCCUCGGCCUUAGGACAGGAGAUUGCUUGUGAUGCCAGCUCCAGCCGUAGAGACCUUGUCGAUUGCACCUACGAUGCAGCACAGGUGCCGCCGAUCCCUACUUAUGGCAGCGGCAAAAAGAGUUUUGACCUCCCACCGGGAGUCUCGCCGGGUCCAGCAUACUACGGCAAGCUGCUCACUGUCACCGUCGUCAAUACUACGGCCAAGAUAGCCACGCAAGGCAGUAAGACAGCAAGACUAAAGAUUGACGCUGUAGACACGCGCGUGGUAGAACUUCGGUUCUCUAAGGAGGGGCCUCCGAUUCGAUCAUUCAGGGUGGUUGGGGCAGAUUCUUGGGACGAUAGAUUCGGUGCAUUCCCUGACGACGGUGCCAGGGUACUGCGACUAUGGAGGCGAGAUUGGGAAUCGAGCUUUGUGGUUGAUAUCACGUGGAAGGUUGAUGGAGGCAAUACAAGGGGGCUGGAAGGACGUGCUGUUGCUCUGUGGAGCGACGCUAAUGACGCAGUCAACACCAUGCCAGCAUUUAGGGAGGUCGUGAGGUACGCCCCGGCUUGGGCAACCGUAUCGAAGGCGGCCCCUGGACUCGUGGAGGGCAGCAAGGCAUUCAAGGUUUGA